GGCGGAAUUGUGCGAAAAGCGCAGAUGGGCCAUCAAUAAAAGAAGAAGAAGAAGAAGAAGAAGGUUUUGCAGGGAAAAUAAUAAACAAAAAAUUUAUUAUGGCUCACAUACAAUUUGUCGAUGAAUUAGUUCGGGAAUAUUUACUUUUUAGAGGCUUUAACACUACAGUAAAAGCUUUCGAUACCGAUUUAAAGGCGGAUAAGGAUAAAGGUUUUAGGGUAGAUAAAAUAAUUGAACAAAUUUUACAUUACAUUAAUGUUUCUGAUUUAAAUGGCUUAAAAGAAUAUUGGUCACAUCUUGAUAACUUAGUAUUCUCAAAAUUGGAAAUUCACUUUCAACCUGCGGUUCGAAAACUGGAGUACAGUCUUUACAAAUUAUAUCUGGUAACAGCGGCUCAAAGUACAGGUGGAGUGCGGAAUGAAAAAGUUGCAGAUUUCUUUGCCAAAAUGUUACCAGAACUGCAAGGCCAGAAUGAAUGGCGAGAAUGGUUCAUGCUACCUUACAUACAGAAACCAGAAGAGAACCCUUCGUUUAGUCUAUAUUUCACACGCACCUGGCAGGACAGCGUCCUUGUGUCCCUCCACAAUUUGUUGGCCACAGUGUUUCAGUGCAUGCCACAACCAACCCUUACCAGCUAUGAAAGUGAUGCUGCUUUAGUCAAAAGACUUCAAGACGAAUUAGCUGUUUUAAAAGGAAAGGUAAUACAGUCAGAAAUUAUCAUGGAAAAUACAUUUUUGUUUUCAAUUUUCUUUUUUUUAUUGUUUUCAUGACAGUGUUCCCAGAUUUUACUAUUAUCAUAUGUAGAUUAUAGUAUAAUUUCAUAAUGAUGCAAACUUUUAAGAAGUUCCUUUAUUC